AUGGUGGCCAUGAAGCAGCUGGCGCCCCACACCACGCCGCUCGCCCUGGCCUCCUGGCGGCUCAUCCCGGCCGGCGUGGCACUGCUCCUCUGGGCGGCCAGGGAUCGACGCCCCCAGCCCGCGACCCGCGAGGCCUGGGUCGCAAUCGCCCUCUUUGCGCUGGUGGACGGCGCUUGCUUCCAGGGCUUCCUGGCCGAGGGCCUGCAGCACACCUCUGCGGGCCUGGGCAGCGUGGUGAUCGACAGCCAGCCACUGACGGUGGCCCUGUUGGCCGCGCUGCUAUACGGCGAGCGGCUGACGGCGCUGGGGUACGCCGGGCUGCCGCUCGGCGUACUGGGCCUGGCCUUGCUGGAGAUCCCGCCCUCACUCUGGGCCUCGAGCGGCGGGGACUCCCUGGACGCCGCCGCCGCAGCCGACGCCGCGCUGGGGCCGGCGCUCAUGCUGCUGGCGGCACAGAGCAUGGCGGUGGGCACCAUCAUGAUGCGGUGGGUGGCCUCCAAGGCCGACCCCGUGGUGGCCACCGGCUGGCACAUGAUCCUGGGUGGGCUGCCCCUGGCGGCACUGGCGCUGGCACGCGAGGGCGGCGACCUGCCGGCUCGCCUGAUCGCCGCGACACCCAGCGACGCGCUGCUGCUGGCCUACGUCACGCUGCUCGGCUCCGCGGCCAGCUACGGCGUCUUCUACCUGCUGGCCUCGCGGGGGAACGUCACCUCCCUGUCCUCCCUCACCUUCCUGACCCCCAUGUUUGCCGCGGCGGGGGGGUUCAUCUUCCUGGGGGAGACCCUGACUCUGCAGCAGCUGGUGGGUGCGGGGUUGACCCUGGGCGCCGUGGCACUCAUCAGCCUGAACGGCAAGGAGAGCCAGGAGUGA